AGUUGACACGAUGGUUCAUUUCUUCUAAUGCUGACGGUUACGCUUGUGGGCCUCAAGUACCGAGCACACAGCGUUUUUCUGUUUUAUUGCUUCUAUCACUGUGCCGUGGGCGUUCCGCUCUUCAUCUGGUACCCCAUCCUCUACGGUUUCGUUCUGCCCUUCCGCCCGCCAAGAUCCUCCAGCUGCACAAUCACACUGUGAAGCGUAAAUGAACUGGAGGUGCUGCGGCUCUUUUCGCCGUACUCCUCCACGUCCGCCGCGUGCAUCUACGAGGAGGCGUUUCGCUUCUGCAUCGAGGAGAACCGCUGUUGUGCCACGGGAAUGCCCCUCAGGUGUACGUGGAGUCCGCCGCCUCUACGCUGCUAGAAGCGAUGAAGAGGGUCUUUACAGUCAACCAUGCCGCCAUUAGGAACAGACUGGGCGGUCUCUCUGGCCUUGUUGUCGAAGGAGGCUGCCGCGCUUAUUUUGUACCACAGAGUCCUCUUUCGCCAUGUAGAGGCGGGCAGUGACUACCGCAGCGGUACGAAGCGACCGCACGGAGCAACUCAGGCCCAUCUCGAGGAGGAGACCAGCGUCACCUUUGCCGACGCCAUCGUACUCACCGAUCCGUCACAGAUGGGCAACAAACCGUGGACCAGCCGCAAGACCGCGGCCGCAGCGGCGACGGUCCCGCUUCCACAAGGUGACACACGUGGAAGCAACUCUUCGGUGAGGCGAGCCUCAACCCAGUCAUGUUGGCAAACAGGGGGCGAAAGUAUGUUGUGCCAUUUCGCCUUGGUUCGCUAUGGACUGCGUUGA